CUUAAUGCACCCUGGUAGUUGAUGGGGAAGAAAGGAGGGACAUCGUGGUUGACCGCUGUGAAAAGGGCAUUUAGAUCUCCUACUAAAGAGAGUCAUGAAAAGAAAUGUAACAGAAGAAAGGAUGAAUCCGACCACCACCCUGAAGAAGAUGAAGAAAAGAAGAGAAAGAAGCGACGGUGGAUCUUUAGGAAACCCACGAUUCAAGAACCGGUGAUUCAUCAGCAAACAACACUUGUUAAGGCAAGUGGUCAUAAUGAUACGGCCAGGGCAGCAGGGGAGGCUGCGGAUGUGGCUACGGAUGAGGCGCCGCUUCCGGUGGCUCGGCUGACUAGACCUUCCAAUUAUCCUAGAGAGCACCACUACGCUGUCAUUGUUAUUCAGACGGCUUUUAGAGGCUACCUGGCGAGGAGAGCUCUUCGUGCACUAAAGGGAUUAGUGAAGUUGCAAGCUUUGGUAAGAGGUCACAAUGUGAGAAAGCAAGCCAAGAUGACACUCAGGUGCAUGCAAGCUCUUGUUAGAGUGCAGGCUCGGGUUCUUGAUCAAAGAAUGAGGCUCUCGCAUGAUGGAAGCCGAAAAUCCGCAUUCAGCGACACGAAUAGCGUACUUGAUUCUCGGUAUCUUCAGGACAUUUCAGACAGAAGAUCACUAGUUUCAAGAGAAGGAAGUAGUAUUGCAGAUGAUUGGGAUGAAAGGCCACACACAAUAGAGGAAGUCAAAGCUAUGCUAGAACAAAGGAAAGAAGCUGCUUUGAAGCGUGAAAAGAACUUAUCUCGGGCUUUGUCUCAACAGAUGAGAAGAGCUCGUAGGAGCCCGUCGAUAGGUGAUGAGUAUGAGCUCGAAAGUUGGGCUCCUACUAGCACGUGGGAUAGAAGAGGAAGAGCUUCAACAGAUCAAAGGAUGUCUUCCAAAACUGUAGAAAUAGAUAAACCCCAGCCUUACUCAUAUUUAGCACCUAAUUAUAGAACUAAUUCUAACCAAUAUCACCAGAAUGAAACCCAACACCAUAACCAAAGGCCUAGUUCACCUCUACAUAGAGCUCAACACAAUGCAUCCAUCCACCAUUCUCCUAUUACCCCCUCUCCGUCCAGAAACCAGCCUGUUCAAGUUCAAUCUGCUAGCCCUCGUUGUGUUAGAGGAGAUAGGAGCUCAGUUUCAUCUCAAACACCAAGCUUAAGGUCCAAUUACCAUUACACAGGCAGGGUUGAUACUCAUGCUUGUAGUAAUGGCAACAAUUGUGUUAGAGGAGAUAGGAGCUCAGUUUCAUCUCAAACACCAAGCUUAAGGUCCAAUUACCAUUACACAGGCAGGGUUGAUACUCAUGCUUGUAGUAGUGGCAACAAUGCUGCAACUUUGCCGAAUUAUAUGGCUGCAACAGAGUCUGCGAAGGCCAGAAUAAGGUCUCAAAGUGCACCAAGGCAAAGGCCAUCUAUAUUGGAGAGGGACAGAAACGGGUCAGCAAGGAAACAGCUAUCGUAUCCGGUCCUGGAAUCUUAUGGUGGUCGGACGGGAUGUGGAGGUCAUGGUCCCAAUUUGAGGAGUCCAAGUUUUAGGAGUGUAACAGGGUCACAUCUUGGAUUGGAACAACAGUCUAACUGUUCUUCUUGCUAUACCGAAAGCCAUGGCGGUGAAAUCUCCCCAUCUUAAACUAAUGAUCUUAGAAGGUGGUUGAGGUAAUCCUCGUCCUCGGUUAAACUUUAGAAUCAGCUUGACCAACAAUGUAUAGCUUCUUUGC